UCUUUUGCUCUAAAUUCUCAGUAAUUCACCUUAAAAAGCACUUCCUGUAUUGGUCGAUGUGGAGCUGAAUUUGUACUUUGUUGGAGUGUGUGUGGCUAUAAGAGAGGGUUGUCUCGCGCAGGGGAAAUGGAGCCUUCCUCUUCGGCUCUCUCUCACUUCUCUGUGCUCCUAAAUCACGACACUGCUCGCUGAAGUGUGGAUGAGCCGGUGUGCGGCGCGUCAGACGAGGUCUGAGUGUGGCAGUAACGUCUGGAGUUGAGCUGUCUGCUCCGCUGGGGUUCUGGUUUUGGGGUGAAUGCCGCUUUGCUCUCUGUUCUCACAACAUCUGUCUGAACCUGUUCCUCUGAACGUAUCCAUGGAGCUGAGUUGCUAUGCACAGAUCCACUUCCUGGAGCUGAAGUUGAUGAGUUCUCCGAGCCUCAGCGAACUGGGCAAGAGUGAGAAGGCAGCCUUGGAGGAGAGAGGCACCCAGCAGCGCAGGGCGGGGGCCAACGCCACCUGGAACAGCAUCCACAAUGCAGUAAUCUCCGUGUUCCAGAAGAAAGACCUGGGAGAUAAUGAGCUGUACUCCCUAAAUGAAGGGGUCAGGCAGCUGCUGAAGACUGAGCUGGGCUCCUUCUUCACUGAGUACCUGCAGAACCAGCUCCUAACCAAGGGAAUGGUCAUACUGCGAGACAAAAUUCGCUUCUAUGAGGGUCAGAAAUUACUGGACUCUCUGGCUGAAACCUGGGACUUUUUCUUCUGUGAUGUGCUCACCAUGUUGCAAGCUAUAUUCUACCCAGUCCAGGGUAAGGAGCCCUCGGUGAGGCAGCUGGCUCUGCUGCAUUUCAGGAACAUCAUUACUCUAAAUCUAAAACUAGAGGAUGCUCUGUCACGGCCCCGUGCCCGAGUGCCCCCUUCUAUCAUACAGAUGCUGCUCAUACUGCAGGGAGUGCAUGAGUCUAGAGGAGUGACUGAGGACUACCUGAAGCUGGAGGCUCUGAUCCAGAAGGUCGUGUCUCCGUAUCUGGGCACUCAUGGUCUCUACACUGAUGAUGGCUCUGUGGCACAGUGCUCGUGUGUGCUGGAGAAACGGCUGAUGCGGCGCUGGCCCAAGCCCGGUGACCCACCUGCUAAAAACCCUGUGGUUCGUUCAAAGAGCUACAACAUCCCCAUGCUGACCCCUGUGGUGGAGUACGACACAGAGACAGCGUCAGUGGGCAGUGUGGGGGUCCGUCGUCACUCGGUGUGCGAGAUGACUUCCUGCCUGGAAGAGCCCGCCUUCUCCAGUGUGCCGUCCAGUCCUGAGACAGGCAUCGCCUCCCCGCUCUCCACCAGCCAGCCCAGCGCCUCCAUAGAGCAAGAGUCAGUCCUGUCCGCCUCCGCAGGGCAGAGAGAUAACAGCCCCCCGCCCGAGUCCCCCUCUAUCUGUCCCGAAUGUUCCCCAGGACCCUUUGAACCAAGCGGCCUGCGGGACUCGGGUUCCGACCCAGGCGAGGAGGAGGAGGCCUCGCUGCCCAGCGGCUCGUCCAGCCCAGAGACAAUAGUAGAUCAGAUCCUGGAGUCUCUGGACUCGGACGCAGAGGGAAUAUUCAUAGAGUUCCCCCGACGCUGCUCAGACUCCUCCACGUUCAGCAGAGAGAGCGAGCAGCAGAGCGUCGCCUGAAACUCCCAUUCCCACACAACCACAGCCUGAAAAACCAUUCCACAGCUGCUCCAGUUUUCAAAAACUUUUUAACACAAUCAAAGAGUUAAUGGGUUUAACAAAUGGGAUUUUAUUUACUUUUGUAGAUGCUUCCUGGAGAUUUCCAGUAAUUUGACAUUCCUUGUUCUUUUAUAUGCUGAACGUUUGAGGAGAAACACUCCACCAGAUCUGCUUAGCUAACCAAGUGGAACAAGGUACAAACUGACCUGACCUAUAUCUAUAUUUUAAAAGUUGGUUUUCUGGUAGAAAGUGAGGGAAAAGGCUUAGAUUAUAUUUUUAGGGAAUUCAUUUCUAAAGAAUUAUGGAUAAUAAAACAUAAACAUUUAAAAUAAUCAACAAAAACCUAAGAAAAUGUUAAUAUUUUACAGAAUCUUUGAUUUGUGUUCUCUCUGAAUUUUGUAAACUAUUUUGACAAUCACGGGUCCCUUUUAGAAUAAUAAAUUAAUAUAUUCUAAUUGUUACAAGCCUAUUUAUUUGUAUAAUUUUGUAUAAAACCAUGAAUAAUAAUAAUCAGGAUUAAAUACAGAUGUUAAAUUUGUUCUCAUGUUUUUGUACUGAUUCAUAAAUGUGUUGCACCUGUACGUUGGCUGACUGAGUGCCGGUUGGGGAGUUGGAGAAGUUUGAGUUUAGCUGAUUCUUGAGAAUAAUUAACGGGAGUGGUAACUGUGAUUAGUGUGGUUAAUGUUAACUUCAGUAAAGCAUUUAAACUCA